AUGAUGCGGAUCCCCUUGAUCGCAGCGGCAUGUCUCCUGCUCAAAACCACAUCUGCAGUCUUCGCCGAUGAGGCUUACAACGUAGACUACCACUACGCUUUACUGGGUCAGCCCCAACAGGACACCACAUUCUUCCACCGGCCAAGCACCAACUCCAAGGCCUCGCUGCUGUACACUCUCUCAGAGAAGGGUGUAGUGGGGGCAGUAAAUCCACGGGAUGGUGAAAUAGUAUGGCGGCAUGCACUCGCGCAGAAUGUGACUGAGCGGAGCAAUGGCUUUCUCCGAGCAGCAGAUGGACAGGAUGUGGUUGUCAGCGGCAGUGGAAGUCGGGUCGCGGCAUGGACUGCGGCGGAUGGACGGUUAGCAUGGGAUAUGAAUACAGAUGGACCGGUGGAAGACGUGGAGAUACUGGAGCUGAGCGAUAAGCUGGCGAGUGCUGGGAACAAAGACGUACUGGUCCUUUCAAGCGGCGACAGUCCUGCUGUGCAGCGCAUAGAUGGAGCUUCAGGUACGAAGAGGUGGCAGUUCAAGGUGGAGGGCGGUGAUCUGCCUUACCAAGUAUCUGCCUCCUCCACGGAGGUCUUCGUGAUCUUGCUUCACAAGACGAUGUUGGGAUACUAUAAGAUCCGGGUGGUGUCCUUAGACUCUGUCGAUGGUCACAAGACCGAUGAGUACACCCUCAGCUCUGACAGUGAGCUAGCCACCGCGGAAACUAUCCUCUCUGUUGGCGCCAACUCCGCUUCACCGAUCAUUGCUUGGACAGAUGCCGCCUACACCACCCUCAAGGUCAACAUCAUUGGAACGAAGAGCACUUCCUCCUUCAACAUUGAGAAGCAUGACGAUAGAGCAGUGGAGAAGAUCAGCAUCCAGGCGCCAUACCACACCAACUCGCUGGCCCACUUUCUAGUUCACUACGAGACCGCCAACUCGCACUGGGCGGAUGUUUUCCAUAUCAAUCUCAGCAAGAACAAGAUCGAAAAAGCAUACAGUCUGCCGAAGGUCGCAGGCAAAGGAGCCUUCUCGACAAGCGUAUCGGACGCCAAUGUCUACUUCACACGAAUCACCGAAGACGAGAUCACGACCACAUCUUCUUCCUCUCAUGGCAUACUAGGCAGGUGGAAAGCUCAAGGCUUGGGCAUCGAUUCUGGGACCAGCGAAGUCAUCACACCGACACACGCCGUAUCUGAGCUCUCCAUCAAGAAUGAUGCAGUCUCGGCCAUCCGGACAGCCGUCUCACUCUCGACGGGCGACUGGAUGCUACUUAGGGAUGGCAGCCCUGUCUGGAACCGUCCGGAAGCACUCGCUGACAUCUCCUCUGCGACCUUCGCUACCUCUUCUGCUAUCGAAGAGCUCGAGCAAGAACUGGAAGUGGAAGCGCACAGCAAUGCCGUGGCUGCAUACGUGCACCGCAUGAAGCGCCACAUUGAGGAACUGAAAUACCUGCCUCGCAUGCUCAUGUCUCUUCCUCAGCGGUUCAUGCGUGGCUUCCUUGGGACGAGCAGCGAAGGUGGAAUGGCCAAAGACGCCUUUGGCUUUCACCAGAUACUCGCUUGUGCGACUGCUAGCGGGCGAUUGAUUGCCCUGGAUGCUGGAAGUCCUGACCGAGUGCUCUGGAACCGACAAGCCACUACAUUGCAAGCUGGGAAGACGUGGAGACCACAGCUCACGUCGCAAGCAGAUGUAUUAAUCUUGCACCAAGGGCAAGGUGGACAGCAGCUUGCCUUCAACGCUACGAAUGGACACUUGCUACUUGCUCCUCCACCUCGCGAAGCAGCGACGACUGGACCGAACGUCCAGUACACGAUGACGGACGAUGGCCUUGAAGCCAAGCGUCUUGACGUUGAAAACGCUGGCUCGCUCUGGCACUUCACCCCCAGCUCUCAAGACAGGAUUCACAGCCUUGUUCCACGACCCGUAAAUGACCCGGUCGCCAACAUUGGUAAAGUGCUGGGUGACCGACGUGUCCUCUACAAGUACCUCAACCCCAAUGUGGCCCUCUUGGCGACCACAAAUGAUGCCUCUAAAACCGCAUCCGUGUAUGUUCUUGACACCCUCUCCGGCGCCAUCCUGCACUCCACCACACACACCUCCGUCGACCUCGCCGAUCCCAUCUCUUCAAUCAUGUCCGAGAACUGGUUCGCCUACACCCUCACCACCUCGGCCGACCCGCGGGGCCACCUUCUGAUCGUCGGCGAGCUCUUCGAAUCCCUCAUCCCCAACGACCGCGGCAGCCUCCAAUCGGCCGCCAACUUCUCCACCUUGGAAACCUCACCAGAACCCUUCGCUCUCACCGCAACCUACCAAAUCCCCGAAUCCGUCUCUAAACUCGCCGUCACCCGAACGAAACAGGGCAUCACAUCCCGCCACCUCCUCGCCUACACUCCCGCGUCCGACGGCAUCGUCAGCAUCCCCUACUCGAUCCUCGACCCUCGACGCCCCGUCAACCGCGACCCGACGAAAGACGAACUGGCCGAAGGUCUCGUCCGCUACGCCCCCGUCAUCGAGUUCGAUCCGCGCUGGUACCUCAACCACGCUCGUUCAGUCAUCGGUAUCAACGAAGUCCUGACCAGCCCUGCGUUCAUCGAGUCCACGAGUCUGGUGUUCGCGUACGGCCACGACAUUUUCGGAACGCGAGUAGGGCCGAGCGGGAGUUUCGAUGUGUUGGGGAGGGAUUUCAACAAGUUCCAGAUGUUGGCGACGGUGGUGGGGUUGGCGGCGGCAACGGUCGGGGUGGCGCCGUUGGUGAUGCGGAAGGGUGUUGAUGCGCGGUGGAGGUUUACUUGA